AUGUCGUCUAAUAAAAACGAGAAUAAUCGUCCGACGGCUUCUCAGCUGAGUCGCCCGCUCACUAACAUUCCUAAACAACUGCCAGCCUGCCGAGUGACCGAAAUCAUCGGCGUCCGCUCCAAGACUUCAACUGCUGUCAAAAAGAGGUCGACCAUUAUCUCGCAUAAGGAACACAAAAAAGUGCAGAUAAAAAGCAACAUCGCGAAGAAAACAGGUAUUCAAAUUCAGCCGAUUUUGUCAAUAAUCGGACCUGUUUAUAGACCUUUCUGGCCAGAUCGUUCCCAAGGAAGAAGAUGCCACCGAAUCCGACUCGCACGUCGUUCCGGUCAAACCAAACAAAAAUUGGAAAUCACCGCCUGUGCAAACUCAAAAUGUUCCGAAAGAAGAAGUUUUUAGUGAUGAAGAAACGGUAAUGAGAAACUGAGGAAAAAGUAAAAAAAAACGAUUUGCAGGCGGAAAAGUAUAAAAGUGUGAAAACCAGUCGAAACAGUGGCAAAGCGGCUCACGCUCCAAAUAAGCAAGUCGUCAAAAACGUUGAAUGUAGUGACGACGAAGAUGAUUCUUCCAAAACAAGAAGGAUCCAAGCGCCCAAGGUUUUGCAAAACAUCACAGAACGUGAUACGCACAUUUCCAAUUGCAGCAGCGUCAGUUGAGAGCUAUGAAUGGGAGUCCCCCGACUUUCGAAGUAAUUGACCUCGCAACGAGCAGCGAUGAAGAUGAAGAGGUGGAUCAGAAACCGUCUCGAAUUGAAGAGAAACAGUCGGGAGCGAGCGCAGAAGCGAUCCAAGAUGUGAGCACCCGUCUGAGCAUUCUGGAGUCGGCAUUUAGAAAGUCUGAGAAGAAAAGAGCAAAAGGAGAAGAAAGAUCGAUUCGUUGGAUUGGCAGGAACUUUGAGUUUAUUAAUGAAGUGAAAACGGAUCAAAAAGAACUGAUGAAAGUGGCCGAACCAGUCCGACAGCUGACAGCCGACGUCCGUGAACUGACCGAAAUUGUCAAAAAGAACUGCAAUGGCGGCAACUUGAAAGAGAAGAUCGUUCAAUUGUUCAAAAAUCUUCGAGAUCAGUUUUCAAACCUUCAAAAAGUCGUGCUCGAAUCGAACAAACCGCAGCCAGAAGUCGUUCCAACCGUCCAGAGUUCGAAGCCAAUCAGACAACGACAGGCACGACAGGUAGAAUCAUCUUCAGUAGCGGAGAGCUUAUCUCUACUUUCAGAUGUGCGGCGCCUGCAACUGCCGUUCGCACCGUCUUCGCGACUGCCUCCGAUUCGAAACGGCCGAAGCGAGAAUCGAUCAAUACACGAAGACCGGACGAUGCACGCACUGCGACGAGUUCCACAUGCCCGGCGACAUCUGCCGAUUCGCGAAACGACCGUGCCAACACUGUCCGGAACCCCAUCUUUCAGGAUUGUGCAAGAAGCGUUACGGCGCCGAAUCAUCGGCCGAAUUCGAGGGACCGGGCGGAAAGAGACGAAGGAUGGAUUAUUCCGGAGUUGUUGGGCGUCCAGUGGCUCUGAUUGGGAACUAUCAGGUAAAAAGUCUCCAUCUUUAUCAACUUUUAUCAGUAUUUUUCCAGAAUCACCAACAGCAGCCGGGCACGUCUACUCCCCAAGCGUCUGCAGCAGUCACAUCGUCCCCGGUCACGUCGCCACGUAGCAGAACACCGUCUUAUUACGGCGAAGGGAACGAAGAAGAGGAGCAAGAGUACGAAAGUGACAUUGGAAGCCUCUGCGAUUCCGAUUAA